AACAGUUUGACGUUGCAAUCAGCUGCUGAUAGUUGAGUCUGAGUCCUUUAUUUUCCUCCGAAAUGUCUCGUGCCGCAAGUGCCUUCAAAGUGCUCGUUUCGCAUCCAAAUGUACCAACUCCUGCCUUGGAACUGCUGCGAUCUCGUGGAGCGGAGACCAUCAUCUGCCAGAGAGUGCCGCCCUCGAGGGAGGAGAUCCUGAAGAAGGUGCCUGGAGUAGAUGCCAUCUAUUGGGCCCAUUAUCAGCCCCUGAAUGCCGGAAUCCUGGAUGCUGCCGGCUCGCAGCUUCGUUGCGUGAGCACCAUGUCCUCGGGAAUCGACUACGUGGAUAUACCCGAGUUUCAGAAGAGGAAAAUUCCCUUGGGACACACUCCCGGAGUUGUGAAAAACUCGGUGGCCGAUCUCGCCAUAGGCCUAAUGAUUUCAGCAGGGCGUCAUUUUCACGCUGGUCGGAAUAAAAUUGAGAGAUCCCAAUGGAAAACCGAGCAGAUCAACUGGAUGAUGGGCCAGGAGAUUCGCGAUUCAGUCAUUGGUUUCUUUGGUUUUGGUGGCAUCAGUCAGGCCAUUGCAAAGCGUUUACAAUGCUGGGAUGUGGCCAAGAUCAUCUAUCAUACUCGCACCCGAAAGGAAAACGAUGGGGACUUCAAAGCAGAACAUGUGUCUUUUGAAAAUCUUCUAAAGGAAAGUGAUUUCCUGGUGGUAGCUGCUCCACUUACCAAUGAAACGAGAGAGAAGUUUAAUGGCAAGGCCUUCGAGCUGAUGAAGAAGUCUUCGGUAUUUGUUAAUGUUGCUAGAGGAGGUCUUGUCAAUCAACCCGAUUUGUAUGAUGCCUUAACUUCUGGAAAGAUUUUUGCCGCUGGCUUGGAUGUCACGACUCCAGAACCUCUGCCCGCCGAUAAUCCUCUCCUAAAACUGCCAAACUGCGUCAUACUUCCCCACUUGGGCACUCAGACCAUGAAAACGACCAUUGAGAUGAGUUUGCUGGCAGCCAAUAAUAUCUUGAAUGCCAUGGACGGAAAGCCCAUGAUUAGGCCAGCUUAUUGAAAAAAGUAAAAAAAAGGCAACCCAAACUCAAAAUAAAACGAUUUUCUUUUUCAUUUAAAAUGAA